AUGUCCUCCUCCGCCAUGGCCAUAUCCAUAUCCACCAUAGCCUCCGCCGUGGCCCAUACCCGUAGCCACCAUGACCCCUGCCAUAACCAGGGGAACCCGAAGCUGAAUGGCAAAAGUGACAAAAGUCUUGGCUUAUAUACCCACAUCUCCAAGAAAUCCACGCUGACGAAGGUGCUGAUGGCGUCCGCGCUGGCAGCCAUGCUCUCGACGGCGGAAGGGAGCGCGAAGGCCAGCUACGGCCACGUCGGAGGACUCGGUGGAUUUGGAGGCAUCGGACUCGGUGGAUUCGGUGGACUUGGAGGCGGUGGAUAUGGUGGAUACGGAGGCUAUGGUGGAUUCGGAGGACUAGGUGGAUUUGGUGGAUAUGGUGGACUUGGUGGAAUUGGUGGAUUAGGUGGCUAUGGAAGCUACGGAGACUAUGGGAGCGUUUCUCAUAGCUAUGGAUCCUAUAACUCUUAUGGCAAAUGA